CACACCAUCAUAGCAGUGGAGCAGGACCAGCUGGGACAGGGUCCUUCUGUGACACCUGCUGCAUCACCAGGCUGUGGGAACUGACUCAAUUGCCAGAACUCACAGAAUAGCAGUAUCAGCACCAAAACCUCACAGGAAAAAUGGUAAGUUCUAAGUUUCUCCAUUAAUAGUAACUCUCAGAUUAAUCUCUGUCAUCCAUCACUUCUCCAAGAAAUAACUUUUUAGGGUGACGUGCCAGGCGCCAUGUUGGAGGGUUGGUGGUAGCGGCUUGGGGGAGGUGCUCGCUCUGUCGGUCUCCCUCUCUCACACGUUUCCCUGGCUCCCUUCGUUCCCCCCCACCCCACUUGGCCUGCGAGCUGGAGUGUGUGCGAGGGAGUGGGAGGACGUGGCGGGGUGGGGGGAAGAGUUCCGGUCCCCAAGAGACCCGCAGAGGGAGGCGGAGGCUGUGAGGGACUCCAGGAAGCCAUAGACAUUGACAGGCUCCAGGAGGCACUGGAAGACUUUGAGAAGAGGGGGAAAAAGAAAGUUUGUCCUGUCCUGGAUCGGUUUCUUUGUCAUGUAGCCAAGACUGGAGAAACAGAUUCAGUGGUCCCAAUUUAAAGGCUAUUUUAUUUUCAAACUGGAGAAAGUGAUGGACGAUUUCAGAACUUCAGCUCCUGAGCCAAGAGGUCCUCCCAACCCUAAUGUGGAAUAUAUUCCCUUUGAUGAAACAAAGGAAAGAAUACUGAAAAUUGUCACUGGAUUUAACGGUAUCCCUUUUACUAUUCAGCGACUAUGGGAAUUGUUAAGAGAUCCAAGGAGAAACUAUACAGGAACAGACAAAUUUCUCAGAGGAGUAGAAAAGAACGUGAUGGUUGUUAGCUGUGUUUAUCCUUCUUCAGAGAAAAACAAUUCCAAUAGUAUAAAUCGAAUGAAUGGUGUUAUGUUUCCUGGAAAUGCACCAAGCUAUACUGAGAGGUCUAAUAUAAAUGGGCCUGGGACACCCAGGCCACUUAAUCGACCAAAGGUUUCUUUGUCAGCCCCCAUGACAACAAAUGGGUUGCCUGAGAGCACAGACAGCAAAGAGGCACAUAUGCAGCAAAAUGAAGAGAAAAAUCACAGUGACUCUUUGACAUCUGAAUCAGAAGUCUCCUUAGUGAGCCCUUUGAAAAAUAAACAUCCAGAUGAAGAUGCUGUGGAAGCUGAGGGGCAUGAGGUAAAAAGACUCAGGUUUGACAAAAAAGACGAAGUCAGAGAAACAGCCAGUCAAACGAUUUGCAGCGAAAUUUCUUCAGUUAUGGUAGAAGAAACAGAAGCAUCAUCUUCAUCUCAGGAUAAAGAUAAAGAAAGCCGUUGUAUCCAGCCGUGUACAGAAGAGGAUGAAGAAGAGGACGAAGAGGAAGAAGAAGAGUCUUUUAUGACAUCAAGAGAAAUGAUCCCAGAAAGAAAAAAUCAAGAAAAAGAAUCUGAUGAUGCCUCAACUAUGAAUGAAGAGACUUCUGAGGAAAAUAAUCAGAUGGAGGAAUGUGAUGUGUCUCAAGCUGAGAAAGAUUUACUACAUUCUGAAGGUAAUGAAAACGAAGGCCCUGAAAGUAGUGGUUCUUCUGACUGCCGUGAAACAGAAGAAUUAGCAGGAUCCAAUUACAGUAAAACUGGAGAGAUUCUUUCAGAAUCAUCCAUAGAAAAUGAUGAUGAAGCCGCAGAAGUCACCGAUGAACCAAUGGAACAAGGUUAUGUAGAAACAUUUAGAUGCAGUAUUUUACAUACAGUUCUGGUUUUAAUACCGUAUAAAACUUUUAUGUACAAAAGUAGACCUUCCGUUUUACAAGACAAGCAGGUUGUAAAAUAA